AUGGCGGCCAGGGUUGCCGAGACCUUCGGAGAAAUCUCGCCCCCUCUUCAGAAUCAAAUCAGAAGAAGUUUUUGCUUAGAAAAUGUCUCCCUUGUUUUGUUGCAUGUAUCUUGGACUAUCGGUAGUCUGGUCAGCAAGUUUGGAAGACUGAGAGGUGCACUUGGAGGCAGGGCGUUUAACCGAAAGGCAGUGAUAACAACCACUGCCCGUGGCUUGAUUACGAGAGUUGAAUUGCUUGGCGUGAUCACAAUCUUCGGUUCCCUCGAGAGAGCACAAGUUGGGAGGGUGAAGCUUGAUCUGAGGCAGACACAAAAUUUUCAACUCAAAAGGCGAUCACGAUUGUCGAUUGGAGUUCAUUUCGCAGCUCCGCCAAUAUCAUAUAGGAGCUUACUUUCUUCGCGUGGCUUCAGCUGGACCUACAAACCCGACAAGAUGAAGAUUCAAUUUCUCUACGUUUUACUCACUGUGGUGGCCUUUCUUGCCCUUGUCGACGAAUUGGAAGCCGCGCCAGCACCAUGGUCCUUUAAGAAAGGGUGGGAUUGGGUUAAACGCCGUGGCCAUGAAGUCAAAGAUGACCUUGGAUGGCAUUAG